CACAUAAAUACUUUCUUCUGCAUUAUUCGUACACUAUGGCAGCUCUGGUCGUGACCAGCUGUCGUUAUUGUUGCUAUUGCGCAACUUGAACUUGGGCAUCAAGCACGCAGACAGAACAGACCACACACUAGCAAAAUGCACCCAAUCCAAAGGUUAGUCUACACUUUCGGUCAUCGAACCAUCAACCACUUGCCGCUGCUUAGCGCUGCCGCCAAUGCGAAAACAACAGCAGCAACAACAAUUACGGCGCAAAUGGCUUAUCCCAUACGCAACUCCUCAUCUUCGUCCUCCUCUUCAUCCGUGCUGGCCACUGAAUCUUCCUCGAAAGGCAUGAUAAUUAUAAACCGUCCAAAGGCGUUGAAUGCUCUGAAUUUGGAAAUGGUGCGAAAAAUAUACAAGCAUCUGAAAAAGUGCGAGAAGAACAAGUCCUUAAUGAUCAUUAAAGGCACUGGGGACAAAGCAUUUUGUGCUGGCGGUGAUGUUCGUGCACUUGUUGAGGCUGGUCCUACGGAUGAAUCAAAAAGCUUCUUCCGCGAAGAAUACACUACGAACGCGUUAAUUGGGAACUACAAAAUCCCCUACAUAGCGAUAAUCGAUGGCAUAACGAUGGGCGGCGGCGUAGGCCUCAGCGUGCAUGGCAAAUAUCGCGUAGCCACUGAUCGCACGCUUUUUGCUAUGCCCGAGACGGCUAUCGGAUUAUUUCCUGAUGUAGGCGGCUCCUAUUUUUUGCCACGUUUGCAGGGAAAACUGGGUCUGUUCCUUGGGUUGACCGGUCAUCGCUUGCGUGGCUCAGAUGUCUAUCAUGCGGGUAUCGCUACUCAUUAUUGUGACAGUAGUAAGAUACCCGACUUGGAAACUGCGUUGCUAAACUGCCCUGAUGCUGACGAUGUACCCGAGUUGCUCCAGAAGUUCCAUUGCCUUCCAGAGAAACCCUUUUCACUUCAGCCGUUUCUAGACCAGAUCAAUAAGAACUUCACAGCCGAUUCUGUUGAAGGCAUAAUUGAAAAUUUGAAGUCGGAUGGCAGCGAUUGGGCAAAAAAGACAUUGGAGACACUAUGCAAAAUGUCACCCACGUCGAUGAAGAUCACUUAUCGUCAACUGGAGCUGGGCUCACAGCAGUCGCUACCGCAAUGUCUCAUCAUGGAAUAUCGUCUGGCUGUUCGUCACUUGGAGCGCAGCGAUUUUAAGGAAGGAGUUCGAGCUCUGCUCAUAGACAAGGACCAGCAGCCCAAAUGGCAACCAAGCUCAUUGGCCGAAGUUAGCGAAGAGCAUGUGCAAUGGUUUUUCCGAAAGCUGCCCGACACCGAGGAGCUCAAACUGUAAUGUUGCCGCAAGACUGUGUAGUUUUAGCAGCACAUAGAGUUUGCUUUUGUGUUAUAUUAUUUUUUCAAUGACAUUUUGCAAUAUUUUUCUGGUAUUUGCCGUUUUAGUUCUUGCAUGCUUUUUGCUUGCGUUUAUCUUUAUUUGCGAUGUGCAUUGUUCCCCUUUUACAAUUCUUGUAUACAUACAUUCCUUGCAGACACAUUCAUACAUACAGUUUUAGCACUGCAGCGGCUAAUUUUUGCAAUCUCGUUUAUCUCUUCUCUUUCAACAGCGACUAACUAAAAGGAUUAUUCUUCUAAAUAUGUUACGAACGUGAAAUUUGAUGCAUUUAUAUGAUAUACAUAUAUUUUUAUAUACAAUUCGUAGUUUUUACAAUCAAUAUACAAUACUAAAUAAUUGUGCCUAACGAAA